AGAUAGUUAUGCUAGUUUAUUGGGCUAUUGGCAUUUCGCAUAAGAAGAAACAUUUACACGUUUUCAGAUGUGUACCUUCUAAUUAUAUAUGCUGGGAUGGAGUGUCCAAGGAAUUUUAGCUUGUUUCCGGUCAAUAUGAAAAUGUUUACAAGGAGCCCAACAAUUUUAGCUGGUAACAUCAGAUUAUAGUUGCAAAUAUCAGUGUGUAUACAGCUGACGAUUCAGAACCGGGUUACAUUCAUGACGUUCUCUUGCGGUUUGGUGCCCUCCUGAGGGAAUUAUAAUGCCCUAGUUUAGGGUUUAAGAUAUUUUUUAUAACACCAGAGUUUAGGCUAAAUGACGAAGCUAAAUGACGAAGGGUUUCAAAAUGAGGUUCAAAUUAUUGAAUGGCAGAUCUUCGUAGAUUUCCCAAUGCUUCAUCUGUUUACCUGAGUCUUUCGCUAAACAAUGAAAGUGGCCUGUUUUGUUUCGAGGAAAAAAAGGAAUUUGCUAGGACUAUUAGGAGAAACUGUAUUUUUUCCUAGGGCUUUUUCACGCUCUGCACUCUCAAAUGAGAAUGUUGAAGGCCAAGGGACCAAAUCGGGACCUGGGUUCAAUCCUGGCCAUGUAGUUAUGGUAAUCAAACACAAAAAGGACCCUCUAAAGGCUCUUGAGGUUUUCAACUCUGUAGCCAAAGAGGAAGGCUUCAAGCAUACAUUUGCUACCUAUAAGGCUGUGAUUGAGAAACUUGGAUCUCAUGGGGAGUUUGAGUCUAUGGAGAAGGUUUUAAUAGAGAUGAGGAGGGAUAUCCAUGAUAAUGUAUCUUAUGAAGGAAUAUAUAUUGGGGUGAUGAAAAACUAUGGCAAAGCUGGGAUGGUGCAGGAAGCUAUGGAUACGUUUGAGAGAAUGGAAUUCUAUGAUUGCGAGCCGUCUGUUAGAUCAUAUAAUACUGUUAUGAAUAUUCUUGUCGAAAACAAGCAUUUCAUCCAGGCCCAUAAGAUCUAUCUUCGAAUGAGAGAUAAAGGUAUUGAGCCUGAUGUGUACACAUUUGCUAUCAGGAUAAAGUCAUUCUGUAGAACUAAUAGAGCUGAGGCUGCACUGAGGCUUCUUUGCAAUAUGACAGAACAAGGUUGCAAGGCAAAUGCUGUUGUCUAUUGUACGGUAAUUGGUGGUCUAUAUGAAGAAAACAAGGCGGAUGAAGCUUCAAACCUGUUUGACAAGAUGUUGGCAGAAGACAUAAUUCCAGAUGUGGCUACAUUCAAUAAACUGACCCAUAGUGUUUGCAAAAUUGGUGGUGUGGUAGAGAGCAACACACUUCUCAAAAAAGUUAGGAACAGAGGAGUUAUUCCUAAUGUGUUUACCUACAAUAUCUUGAUUAGAGGCAUAUGCAAAGAAGGUAAGGUGCAAGAUGCUGUUAAUGUUUUGGAUGAGAUGGCAUUGAUGGAACUGGUCCCUGAUGCUGUCACUUACAAUACAUUGAUAAGUGGCCUAUGUAAGGCCAAAAUGGUUCAGGAAGCGGAGAAACUUCUUCAAACUAUGGUGAGAAAGGGUUGCAUGCCCGAUGAUUUCACAUACAAUACAUUGAUUGAUGGGUUCUGCAAAGCAGGUAUGGUGCAAAAGGCAUCCGACCUUCUUGGAGAUGCAAUUUUCAAAGGCUUCAUUCCAGAUCAGAUCACAUACUCCACACUCGUGAAUGGUUUUUGUGAGGAUGGCAAUUUGGAGAGGGCCAUGGAUCUCUUCAAGGAGGCAAGCAGCAAAGAUUUAGUUCUAGAUAUUACCAUAUACAAUUCCCUUGUCAAAGGACUUUCUGAGAAAGGACUCAUCCCAGAAGCUCUCCAGCUUGUGAACAAAAUGUUAGACAAGGGUUACAGCCUGGAUAUCUGGACAUACAAUAUAAUGAUUUAUGGUCUGUGCAAAACCAGUCAUGUAUAUGAUGCCAAUAAUCUUCUCGAUGAAGCUUUGAGGAAUGGUUGCACUCCUGAUAUCUUCACCUUCAAUACCCUCAUUUAUGGAUUUUUCAAGGUUUCUAAAUUAGAUGAAGCUCUAGAGAUUUUUAAUAGAAUGCAAAGGUGUGGAGUUAAUCCUGACAUAAUUACAUACAAUACGUUAUUGAAUGGCCUUUGCAAAGGAAGAAAAACUGACGAAGUAUUGCAAAUAUAUAAUGGAAUGGUGGACAAAGGUUGCAUUCCAAAUGUCAUCACAUACAACAUAAUAAUAGAGUCUCUUUGCAAGGAACGAAGGGUUAAGGAGGCAAUUGAGCUAUUUGAGAAGACUCUAGCUGAGGGUUGCACUCCAGAUGUGGUCAGCUGCAGUACACUGAUCCAUGGACUCUGCAUAAAUGGGCAUCUCAAGGAUGCGUUUAAACUUCUGCGAAGGAUGAAUGAAUUAAAUCUUGUGCCUACGGUGGCAACCUACAACAUUUUAAUACAUGCAUUCUGUAAUAGUUUGAAAGUUCAUAUUGCCACCAAGCUUUUCAAAGAGAUGAUAAAGAAGGGAUGUGUUCCUGAUGUUUUUACUUAUAGUGUGCUGAUUGAUGGCUUCUAUAAGACGGGAAAUGUAGAUUCUAGUUAUUAUUUCCUCAUUAAAAUGUUGAACAGUAAACUCAUUCCUCAUGCUCUUACAUUUGGUCGGGUGAUCAAUUGUCUAUGCAAGAAUCAAAGAGUUGAGGAGGCUGUUGGUAUUAUCUAUGCUAUGGUGAAUAAAGGCAUAGUACCUGAAGUGGUUGAAGAAAUUUUUGAGGCUGACAAAAAGGUGGUGGCAGCCCCAAAGAUCCUCUUGGAGGAUAUGCUGUUAAAGGGUUUUGUGAAUUACCAGGCCUAUGAGCUUCUUUUUAAAGCUCUUAGAGAGAAGAAAAAAAUACAAAAACUAGAAGUAAUGUGAAAUUAAAUGUUAAUCAAAGGUUAUAAAAUCUUGUUCCUCUUCUUUAGCUUUUGGUGACUUCUGAUCCCAAAGAUUUUAGACAUGAUACCACACUUUGAUGAUUUUUCUUGAGGAUGAGAGUCACUAUGUCAACUAUUGCCAAUUGGUAUUUGACUGCAGAGAAGGAUGAGCGUUUUUAUGAACUUGUACAAUGAAGAGCUCGGAGUUCCAUAUGAUAGGAGAUCAAAUAAUUUUUUGAUCAGGUGCUGAAGCGUUAAGCCUUCACACUGGGCACAAAAAUGAUUGGUAGCAGAUAUUGAAUUACAUUUACCAGUUGAUGGAUGAAACCAUCUCCCAUCUUACACUUAAUGUUAAAAGCUAUGACGAGGUGCUCACUUGAGGUAAGAACACUAAUUGAUUUCCCUGUGAGGAAAUCAAUUAAUUUUGUGAUUCGGCUGUAUGAAGUGUUAAGCCAUCACUCUGGGAACAAAAAUGAUUUGUAGCAGACAUUGAAUUGCAUCUACCAGUAAAGGAUGACACAGUCUUCCAUCUUAUGCUCAAUGUUAAAAGCCAUGACAAGGUGCGCACUUGAGGUUAAUAGCAUGCCCGGCAAGAAAUUCUUGUGAGACUGUCUGUGAAUGUGGAAGGUAUGCUUUAGUAACUAAUUAGAACAUGAGAUUCUACUUAAGGAAAUGUUCUUUUGAGGUCCAUGAUACACUGCCCGGUGGGAACCAUCUUGGCAUAUGGGUCCUCAUUAUUCACCUAUUGUGUUCAGACAGGCUGAACACUUCCUACCACAUCUAGAUUUGAACCCGUGCCACCCUAAAUUAACCACAAGAGCUUCACCAUCUGGCACACUCAGAAAAUUUUAUCAAUUCAUUGCAUUAUCUUUAUGGAGCCUUUCAAUAUGGACUAAGUCAAAGUAAAUCAAAUUCAGUACAAUAAGAGCAAAUUUUGUGCAACAUAUUGUUCAUUAUAUGAUGGUCGGAGCGAUGUUUAUGUAUGUGCUAUUCAUAGUUGGAUAUAGAAUAUAGUUUUUUUGCUAUUGACAGUAGUUUUGACAUCAUAUUGUUGUAAAUUACAUCUGGAGAUGGAGACAAACCUAGUUGUCUUUAUAAUGGCAUCUUUUAUUAUAUGAA